CACACAAGAAGAAGCACUGAUUGCUACGCAAGAAUUACAGAUACAAAGAUGAAGACGCCUCAGCUUCUCGUCCUCCUCUUGACCCUUUUGGUGAACGCCGUGGCUGGAUUCCCCUCGGACAGAGGGAGCCGGGACAAGCACGCCUCCUGGGACGACGUGAACGUGGUGGCCCACGGCCUCCUGCAGCUCGGGCAGGGGCUGAAGGAGCACGUGGACAAGACCAAGGCCCAGAUGAAAGAUGUGAACAGCAAGCUGAAGAGCCUCAACGGCACGGUGGCCGAGCUGGAGAGAAAGCAGCAGGAGCAGGCAAAAAACACAGAGGGGGAGAAGACGGACAGGCUCCUGACAGAGCUGGCAGAUGAGAUGAAUGUGAAGGUGGAGGAGGUGAAGAGGCAGACGCAGGACAUCACCUCCAGGAUGGACAGACUCGAGGAGGUGCUGACAAAGCCCAUGCCGGACAGCAAUGACAGCAAUCAAGCAGGAGUUUCAUUCAUCCAGAAGUUGAUGGCAUCACAGAACAGACGCAUCGACCAGCUGGUUGAGAAAAUCCAGCAGCAACAGGACAAACUGGAGAAACAGAGUCUGCAUCUCCAAGCCCUGCAGAACAAGGUUGCCCACAAGAGAAAAGUGAAAUCGCACCGACGGAGAGAUGAAGAGGUGGCAUUGAGGGGCAAGGCAGAGCCCGUCCAAGCUGCAAGCGGUUUGGCCAAAGACUGCCAUGAUCUGUUUCUCCAAGGACAGCGAGUCAGCGGCGUCUACAAGAUCCAACCCGACAACUCGCUUCCCUUCAACGUUCUGUGUGAAAUGACCUCAGACGCUGGAUGGACCGUCAUCCAGAGACGCCACGAUGGAUCUCAAAACUUUAACCAGCUGUGGGAGAGCUACAAGAAGGGCUUUGGCGACAUGAACGGCGAGUUUUGGUUGGGUUUGGACAACAUCCACUCCCUUUCCAGACAGGGCCAGUACACCCUGCAGGUGGAUCUCUCUGACGAGGCGGGGCAGCAGCAGAACACUCGUUACAGGUUUCACCUUGACGGAGAAGAGAAGCUGUUCGCCCUCCACCUGGAGGACGAGUCUUCACCUGAUGCUCAGGAGAAACUCCUAACCGCCGGAGCUGUCGGUGUUCCUUUCUCCACCGCUGACAGAGACAACGACCUCGCGGCAGACACCAACUGUGCUGAGCUGCUCUCAGGUGGCUGGUGGUUCAGCAGCUGCGGGGAGUCAAACCUCAACGGCAAGUUUCCCAGACACCCCACACUCCCGCGGAGACACCACUCCAGAAGACGAGCCAUGUUUUGGACGAGCGCACAAGGACAGAGGGAAACUCCACGGACCACCCUGCUCAAGAUCGCACCAGCAUCCAUAAAAAACUGAGCAGCAGGAGAACUAUAAUCACUUCAUAUAGUACCCUACUACUGAAAGACUGAAAGGAGCAGCUGUAAUACGCACAUUAUUGAUUUCCUGAGAUUUUAUGCAAUGCAUAUGGGAGUUUAGUGUUUUAAUAGACUUAUUCAGUCACAUUGACUUUGACUUUUAUCCCUUUAUAAGGGGUUUUAAUAUGUAUUUUUCCAUCAUAACUUUGUACUUUUUUUUACUUUAAACAUCUGAUCCACACUUGAAGUGCUUUUUUUCAUUUGUACUAAGUGAAUAAACUCUCUAAAC